UGUUUGCAGUGAACAGAGAGCAGUGCGAGACUUCGGGAAAGUUCUUCUGUUCGGACGGACUUUGUCUCGACCGUGGAUUGCGAUGCGACGCGAGGAACGACUGCGCAGACGCGGAGGACGAACUCGGAUGCCACAACGAGAGCGCGUGCGCCGACGGCUUCCUGUGCGCGAACGGCGCGUGUGUCGACGGAUGGCGCGCGUGCGACGGACGCGACGACUGCGGCGAUUGGAGCGACGAGUUCUCGUGCGUGAAGAGCGACGCGAAAGGAGUUCCGCUUUUCCGCCGAAACGACACUUGGAGUCCGUUAUGCGUCCGAGAGUUCGGUUCGCGAGACGCAGACGCCAUCUGUCGGCAGUUCGGACUCUCGAAGGCCGACAAUUGGACUCUCGUUUCGGGCGUUCGGCCCAAAAGCGGUUUUUGGGCGCGAAUUGACGGCAAAGACGUUGCUCUUGAGGACAGCUGUGCUUCGAAUCAAACCGUUUCCGUCUUCUGCCAACACUUCCGGUGCGGAGAGAGUGCGCAGAACGAGUCGUCUUCCGUUCCCGAUUCGGUGCGCGUUUCCGACACGAGAGGGCGCGAGUGUUGGGCGCAAUCCGUGGCCUCCGAGUGGCUAUUGUUGAGCGCGCAGUGCUUUCGAACUCUUUCGCAGAAUUUGUCGGAAAUCCUAAUCGAAAACAAGACGGGAAUCGCGAGACAGGCCUUCUCUCACUUCCG